AUGGUUGAAAUCCCAUUCUCCUUUCGUUAUAAUCCACGUAACAUGGAGAAUCCCUGGUAUGGUCUCUGGACCAUAUCCCUUCUGAAACUGGAAGAGUCCUUCAACAAUAUCAUCAUCGUUCCACAGUAUGCAUUAUGGUACACGCUGCCCGAAGAGGAACCAGAGAUUGAAUCCAUAGAGGAACUUGAUGAAGAUGCUGUCAGUGAAGGUGGCGAUCAGGAUGAGUGUGGCGACGACUCGAGAGAGGACAACCCUGAUGACAGCAACGACGAGUUGGAUUUAUUUAGGGAUUCAGAUGAGAGUCCCGUCCACAUCAUGCAUGAGGAACCAGAUAUCUCGAGCCUCCCGGACAUCGAACAAGAUCCUGACAUAUCAUUCGCUGAAUCGCUGCGUACCAUUCCUGAUGGAUCAGCUCCUCAAAUCGUUCCCGACUUCGUCGCUCUCCACAUUCUAGCCGAGAAAUUAGAGUUCUCUUCCAUCCCACGUCGCAGGCACAGAUACGAGCGUCGGGCAGGUUACCGAAUAAUCCACGAGUGCUGCCCCCUCGUCGUCGAGAUCAAAUCUUUUCCUGGACGCGAUCUGAGUCCAGCAGACUUCGAAAGAAAGCUUGACAUACGUUUGGGGUGGGCUAUCCAAGAUCUCGGGUUCCAGUGUUACCAUUUUUUCAAGAUGUACGAACAUGCCCUUCGCACGGUGGUAAUCGCUGCUAGCGGUGAUUAUUGGACGUACCGUAUUGUUACUCGGGCUGAUGUGCCCAGAGCCGAGGGCGACGUCAUGGAUACCCAACUUUGGGAUGAGCUCGAAUUUCCACCUCCCGUGGUAUUGGGUACUCGAGAUUCUGACCAAAGAAUGAAGGACAUCUCCGAUUACCUCCGCAAUGCGAAGCCUGCUCAAUUAGAGAAUUAA